AUGACCGAGACCAAAAAGUUGAAAUGCGUUGUCAUGGGCGCUGGACCGGUCGGCUCGCUGGCUGCAUUGUACGCCGCACGGAGAGGAUGGGAUGUGGAAGUGUACGAUCUUCGAGGUGAAGAUCUACGAGAGCCGUCCACGACGCCUCUCAACUUCACGAAGUCCAUCAAUCUGGCGCUCUCGGAACGUGGCGUCAAUGCGCUACGUCAAUCAGGCUCGCCCGAUCUCCUCAAGUCCAUUCUCGACGAGACGAUACCGAUGUAUGGCCGCAUGAUUCAUGGCCAGGACAAGACAGGCGGCUUGACCGAGACAUCACAGUCAUAUGAUGUCCACGGCCGAGCAAUUCAAGCCGUCGAUCGAGGCAGCCUCAACGAGUCAAUGCUUGACGAGCUGGAAGAUCUUCCCAACGUCCGCCUGCGAUUCCACCACAAAGUCACCGGCGUCGACUUCCGCCGCCGUCUGGCAUGGCUGGAACAGAAAGGUCCAUCUCGUCGUCAGAGCACCACAGACAAUGCUCCUCGACCGAGUGGACGACCAGGCCGACCCGACGAGAUCGAAAUCGACUUCGACCUGAUUCUCGGCUGCGACGGUGCCCACAGCAGCGUACGCUUCCACAUGAUGAAAUUCGCCCGCCUCGACUUUGCUCAAUCCUACAUCGACACUCUCUGGUGCGAGUUCAACAUUCCUCCAGCAGACCCCUCCGCCGACACAUCCACCACACCAUCCGCAAAAGACGGUUUCGCCACAUCACCCAACCAUCUCCACAUCUGGCCCGGUUCCGACAAAAUGUUCAUCUCCAUCCCCAGCUACGACAAGUCCUUCACAUCGACUCUCUUCGCACCCUACGCCGACUUCCUCGCUCUCGAAAACGACCCAUCGCAGGUCGAACUCUUCUUCAACCGCCACUUUCCCGGCGCCGCCGACUUAAUCGGACCCUCCAAUCUCCGCUCGCAAUUCAUGGAGAACCCUCACCUACCUCUCAUCAGCGUCAAGUGUUCACCACACGUCUUCGAGUCCAGCGGCGUCAUCCUCGGCGACGCCGCGCACGCCAUGGUCCCUUUCUACGGCCAGGGUAUGAACGCCGGUCUCGAAGACGUGCGUGUGCUGUUCUCUCACCUCGACAACCACGCCACAACACCCGAAGGCCGCACUGCCGCGCUGGAAGCAUACAACGCCGAGCGCGUUGCCGACGCACACGCGAUCAACGACCUCUCGCUGGCUAAUUAUUGGGAAAUGCACGUCGGUGUGACGUCCAAACUACAUCUCUUACGGAAGAAAAUCGAAGAAUUUCUGUCUGAUAAAAUUCCUAGUACCGGGUUCGCAACGCAGUACAGCCGGGUGAGUUUCAGCAACCAGCGGUACUCGGAGGUGAUUCGAGUUGUAGCGAGGCAGAAGCAAAUUCUGGUGCAAGGCAUGUUGGGUUCUGCGAUUUUGCCAAUUGUCGGCUGGGCGGCUUGGAUUGCGUGGAGGUGGCACAAAGGAACAGGUGCACCGGAGUUGAAGAGAGGGAUAGGAGCGGACUUGCGGAGAGGAGUCGGAGUCGCGAGAGACGCGAUUGGGAGGGUCUUCCGUUGGUAG